AUGCAGAUGCCGCAGAUGAUGCAGCACGUCCGCAACUAUGCAGACAAGAUCGUCCAAGUGCCACAGAUGGCUGAGUCCAUAUCCGAGGGAACGCUGAAGCAGUGGUCCAAGCAGAUUGGCGAUUUUGUCGAGCAAGACGAAGAGAUCGCGACCAUUGAAACCGACAAGGCAAGUUGCGUCAUCAGGGAAUUCUUGGUCAACGAGGAGGAUACCGUUACUGUCGGUCAAGAUAUCGUCAAGUUGGAGCUUGGCGGCGAAAAGCCUAGCAGCAGCAGCAAGGACCCUAGCGAAGGGAAGACCACAUCAGACAAGCCUGCCGCCGAGCCCGAAUCUCAACCCGGGCCUUCCAAGUCAGAGUCGAAGCCUGAGCCUAAGGAUGAACCUCAGCCUGAAAGCAAGCCAGCUGCUUCUCCAGCGAAGGAGGCCAAGGAGACUUCAAAGCCCGUGCCCAGUCCCUCGAAAGAAACUGCUUCGAGCACUGGUCCAAGCCUUGGUAGUCGUGAGGAGCGCCGCGUGAAAAUGAACCGCAUGCGCCUUCGCAUCGCCGAGCGUCUCAAGCAGUCGCAAAACACUGCGGCAUCGCUGACCACAUUCAACGAGGUCGAUAUGUCGUCUCUCAUCGAGUUUCGAAAGCUUUAUCGUGACGAUGUGCUCAAGAAAACUGGCGUGAAGCUGGGCUUCAUGAGCGCCUUCUCACGCGCGUGUGUCUUGGCCAUGCGCGAUAUCCCUGCUGUGAACGCGUCCAUCGAGGGACCCAACGGAGGCGACACUAUCGUAUAUCGUGACUAUGUUGACAUUAGUGUCGCUGUGGCCACGGAAAAGGGCCUCGUCACUCCGGUUGUCCGCAACACUGAGUCACUUGACAUGCUGGGCAUCGAGAAGGCGAUCGCUGACAUGGGCAAGAAGGCUCGAGACAACAAGCUCACCAUCGAAGAUAUGGCUGGUGGCACCUUUACUAUCAGCAAUGGUGGGGUGUUUGGCUCUCUCAUGGGAACCCCGAUCAUCAAUCUUCCUCAGACCGCCGUGCUGGGUCUCCAUGCCGUGAAGGAACGCCCUGUUGCGGUCAAUGGGAAGAUUGAGGUUCGCCCCAUGAUGUAUCUAGCUUUGACCUACGACCACCGGCUUCUGGAUGGAAGGGAAGCUGUUCAAUUCCUUGUAAAGGUGAAGGAGUAUAUUGAAGACCCUCGGCGUAUGCUCUUGUAA